GAGCACUAUGGAGGUCACUGAAAGGUAUAAUGAGGGAAGUGUUGAUUAGAAUUUUCAUUAAAUUCUACCCACUUCAUUUCCCUCUGUAUGUCCGAGCUGCUCCGAGCUGCUGCAAGCAUCACAUGACAGAGCUUUCCCACCCUUUUGGCAGAUGGGAAACUUCAUCAAAGCUGUUGUGGCACAUGAGGGAAGGCCAAAUAUGUCCAAAAACACAUCUCCGAAGUUUUUCCCGCGAGGUUUUAGGGCCAGACUGCAUUAUGGUGGGCUUGGGAGUUAGUCGGCCUUGCCGCCUCACUGUUGGGACCUACUGCCCUUGCUGCCCAAUCUGUCUUACUCGUAUCAUGCUCAACAACGUAUCAAGUCCCAUUCUCGUUAGGCCAGCGUUAGGCGUAGCCACGAGUGUCCGGAUCGGUCAACUCCUCGGACUUGCACGACCACGACUCGCAAAACUCGCUGCCAUUCUCCUAGGGUUUGCACUUUCUCUAAUAUUCAGCGUCGCUUUCUGGAUCUGGCGUAAAGAAUGGUCGUAUCUAUUCAACGAUGAUGAAGAUGUCGCUGAAAUGGUGGCGAUUGUUCCAAGUGUUCGAUGGAAAUGCAGGAAUCACUGGUGGAGUUUUGAGGGCCAGGGGCAAACAAGGGCCGAGGGAGGUUGGGCCCGAGUGUUCCCUUAUUUGUCACAAGCACGCACACAUGAAGACCCGCUUUCUUCGCGCCUACACGCCAACGACCACGACCACAACCAGCAGUAUUCAGCAAUAUGCAACAACAUCCAGACUUUGAUUGUCGCAGAGGAAAGCAGUCAUCGCGAGCAGCUCCCUAUGGCACUAGGCGUACUAGUUCUCAGCUUGAUAUGGCCUCGUCUCAAUCGUCUCACUCUCAUUCCCUACAUGAAAAAAAUAGAGGACACGGCAGCGCUAAAGAAACAUGGCUCGCUGAAGGAGAGACGAGAUCUCAAUAUUAAGUACCACCACGUCUGUAUAACCAAAAACCAGCCAUGCAAAAUUCGACCUACCGCCCUCCAAUGCGGAAAUUGCCCGCCGUACAUCAAAUGUACCCGCGUACCAACUCUCAAGAAACUUCGUGUUCUGGAUAUGAUGGACAUCUCCGAAGAGCAAUAUGAUUGGCUACUUACUUGGUACAAAAAGACUGCAGAGGAAGAACUUCUCGAGCCUUUAAAGGAAUCUCUCAAACUUACUUCUGUGAGAGAUCGCAAGUGUAACGAGCUCGGCGAGGAAUUCCAUGAUCUCUCCCAAAAGUCGUUCGCCCCAUGCAAGUUUCUGUUUUCCUUCCUCUAG